UAAAGGUCCCUACAAGCCAGAUGAUGGAUACAGAAGACACUCAAAAUGUAACUGAACUAGCUCUAGCUGUAGCCAAGAAUGUCAUCGCUGCUGCCAUCAAGUUCGUGGAAGAAGCCGAAAAGCCCAUCAAAAAUAUCGACUGGAUCACACAGGGUGAAUUCACAGAAGAAAGGGGCCGUAAACAAAUUGAGGAUUUCGUUUCGCACUGGAAGUAUCACGGCCGCUGGGUGCACUACACAGAGUUUUUAAAGAGGGAAGAUGUGAUUCACAGCUUCCACUACAUCUACUGUGUACACUGGAGCAUCCCAACUGCUCGGAGACCCAUACCACGAAUCAGUGCCAGCGUCUACUUCACCAUCAAGAUCAACACAAACAAACCUCCGGAUACACCCAUUGAUGUCUCUUACGUCUUUGAGAGCCAUUCAGUGGUUCACAGACCAGGAACGACUCACUUUCAAGAAAAAUGCCUGAGGGACAUUAUUGAGGGCAAAUAUAUUUUAAUGAAUUCAAAUAUCUUCCAAUUAAACAGAGUCAGAAUCUUCCCGAAUAUUUUAGGAAUAGAUUUCUCAUCGGAGUGUGUUAAAAAUACAAUACUGUACAUUGAACCACAGAAUAGUAUUGAAUAA